AUCUCAAUAUAAGAAGCAAUAAAUGCAAUAUAUAAACGCCAGGAAAAGAAGAACUCCAUUAUUUAAUUCUUGUCAAGAUUUAUUGUACGUCAACAAUCGAUUUGUCACACUCAAAAAGCAGUCCAUUAUUUUCAGACCCCCUUUUUUCUGCUCUCAUUUCUUCAAUCUUUCACUGCUCCCACGCAUGAAUUCUUCAGCAUAAUGAAGAAAAGAUCGCCUUUUUGCUGAUUCUCGAUAGUUCUGUGAACUUAAAUCAUCCGAUUAUUCGGGAAUUUUACAAUUUUUGGGGGCGUCAAGUGAUCUGCCAACUACAGAUGGAGGGUAACAGUGUGCCGAGUCGACUCGUUGGGUUGGAGAUUCAUGGCUUUCGCACCAUGGAAGAUUUGGAUUUCCAGAAUAUCUUGGAGGAAGCCACGUCAAGAUGGCUCCGACCGAAUGAGAUUCAUGCGAUUCUCAGCAACCACAAGUAUUUUCCUGUUCACGUCAAACCCAUGAAUUUGCCAAAAAGUGGCACAAUUGUGUUGUUUGAUCGUAAGAUGCUCCGAAAUUUUCGGAAAGAUGGCCAUAACUGGAAAAAGAAGAAGGAUGGAAAAACUGUUAAAGAAGCUCAUGAACACUUAAAAGUUGGCAACGAGGAAAGAAUCCAUGUAUACUAUGCUCAUGGAGAAGACAAUUCAACUUUUGUUCGCAGAUGUUACUGGCUGCUUGACAAGUCUCUGGAACAUAUUGUCCUCGUGCAUUAUCGUGAAACUCAAGAGUUGCAGAAUUCCCCAGCCACGCCCGUAAAGUCUCCAUUUCCUACUUGGACUUUGCCCGAAGGAUCCGAGUCUGCAAUAGACUCGAUGUAUUAUGACGGCAGCAUGCCAGUCUUAGAACGUAAUGACAGUGUAGUGAUUAAAACUCACGAACAGAGACUUCAUGAGAUAAAUACACUCGACUGGGAUGAGCUUUUGGUGCCAAUUGAUCCCAACAAGCACAAUUCACCCCAAGAAGCAGGAAAAACUGCAGGCUUUGAGUUGCCAAAUCAAUAUCACACGAACAACUAUAAAAUUAGUAAUGAUGCACAAUCAACUAAUAAGGUAUCACCAGAAAGCUCGGACAACAGUUUCUCCGGACAAGCUGCUUACUCAGUCAAUUAUAACAUUCCCAACAAUUCAUCCUACCAGACAGUGGGCCUUGAGACAACUUUUAGUUCGGAUACUAGAACUUCCGGACUGGUGACGUUAGGUGGAGCUGGUAAUGGCAUGCAUUCCGUGGGGGCAGAUGGUUCACAAUCACAGGAUAGUUUUGGAACAACACAUGUCGUUGCGGGAUCUCCGGAUUCAGUUGAUAACCAGUCCUUGGAAUCCUCACUUUUAAAUUCACAUCAAUCCUUCUCGUAUAACAUGAAGGAUAAUCAUCACCACCCUCCGUUGGGGCAGAUAUUCAAUGUAACUGAUAUCUCACCUGCAUGGGCUCUUUCGACCGAGGAGACUAAGAUCUUGGUAGUCGGGUUUUUCAGUGACGGACACCAACACUAUGCAGAUUCCAAGUUGUAUCUCGCAUGUGGAGAUUCUGUUAUUCCAGUAGAAGUUGUACAAGCAGGAGUUUUCCGAUGUUUAAUUUCGUCUCAAGCUCCUGGAUUGGUGAAUCUCUUCAUGACUUUCGAUGGGCAUAAUCCUGUCAGCCAAGUCCUAACUUUUGAAUUUCGUGCUCCCAUACAACACAACGGUUUGGUUUCAACUGAAAAUACAGACAACUGGGAUGAAUUUCAGCUCCAGAUGAGGCUUGCUCGUCUUUUGUUUUCAUCAUCCAAGGACUUGAGUGUUUACACUGCUAAACCAUCCCAGUCUGCUUUAAAGGAAGCCAAAGUUUUUGCUAAAAAAACCUCCGUCAUUUCUCUUGGAUGGGGGUAUUUGUGCAAAAUGAUCGAAGAAGCGAAAAUGUCUUUUCCCCAGGCAAAAGAUAGGUUGUUUGAAUUGACUUUAGAGAAUAGGCUACAGGAAUGGUUGCUAGAAAAAGUGGCAACCGGGUGCAAAAUUACUGAACGUGACGAACAAGGUCAAGGUGUUAUUCAUUUGUGCGCUGUCCUUGGAUAUACGUGGGCGGUUCGCCUAUUUUCGCAAUCUAGCUUAUCUUUGGAUUAUCGAGACAAAUGUGGAUGGACGGCCCUACACUGGGCUGCAUAUUAUGGAAGGGAGAAAAUGGUGGCCACUCUUUUAUCUGUCGGGGCGAAGCCAAAUUUAGUCACGGAUCCAACCUCACAAAACCCCGGUGGAUGCACUGCUGCUGAUCUUGCUUCUUUGAGUGGUCACGAGGGUUUGGCAGCGUUUCUGGCUGAGAAGGCUUUGGUUGCCCAAUUUAAGGAUAUGACGUUGGCUGGAAAUGUUAGUGGCUCGCUGCAAACAACCACCAAUGACAUGGUGGACACUGGGAGUUUCACCGAAGAGGAGGUGUAUCUGAAGGAUACCCUCGCGGCUUACCGGACAGCAGCCGAUGCAGCUGCGCGUAUCCAGGCUGCAUUCAGAGAACACGCGCUCAAAGUGCAGACGCAAGCAGUUGAGGCAUCGAGCCCAGAGACUGAAGCACGGAACAUAGUUGCAGCGAUGAGGAUCCAGCAUGCUUUCCGCAACUACGAAACACGCAAAAAGAUCGUGGCCGCUGCUAGGAUCCAGUACAGAUUUCGGACUUGGAAGAUCCGAAAAGAUUUCCUUAACAUGCGUCGUCAGGCCAUUAGAAUUCAGGCUAACUUCCGCGGUUUUCAAGUGAGGAGGCAAUACCGUAAAAUCUGUUGGUCUGUCGGUGUCCUCGAGAAAGCAAUACUGCGGUGGCGCCUGAAAAGGAAAGGCUUCCGCGGGCUUCAAGUCCAACCCGAUGAAACCCUGCCAGAUCAAAAUCAAGAAAGCGACGCGGAAGAGGACUUCUUCAAGGCCAGCAGGAAACAAGCGGAGGAGCGCGUGGAGAGAUCCGUUGUGAAAGUGCAGGCGAUGUUCCGUUCGAGACGAGCGCAGGAAGAGUACAGAAGAAUGAAAGUAGAAUGCAGUCGAGCAACGCUGGAAUACGAAGAAUUACUCCAUCCUGAUACUCAAAUGGGAUGAGAAAGGUGUUUUGAUGGUGUGGCGUACAUUUGUAAAUUCUGAACUUGAGUAGGCCUUUUGUUUGGAUGAUGAGUGUAUCUCUCCCCCUAUACAAGUUAUAUGGAGUUGUGGGGACGGGAGCUUCAUCUUCUUUCUUAUCAAUUCUUGUUUAUUUAGACAUCAAUCACUAAUCUAGUGUUACUCUACUGUUUUGCAAAUCUUGUGUGUAUAUUGGUGAUGUCAUGUUGUAUGGUAAUGAUGUCAUAUUGUACACGUGUAUUGGACUCAUUCCUAAUGUACCAAUUUAUGUCUUAUUGUACCAA